AUGUAUCGGGGCGACACAGAGGAUCAGGUGAUUGGGCACGUAAGCUACGUGAUCGAGUUGCACGAGACCAACCUGCAGAGAAGCCGCAAGGUGACGAUGGAAAUGCUGAAGGUACUCGAAUCUCAAAUCGACGGCCUGAAGGCCUCCAAGCUGCAGCUCACGACGUGCUUGAUCCGCAGCGCUAUGGCCAAAGCGAAGACGACGCAGGAGAUCUACAUGGUAGCGGAGAACAUUCGUACCAUCGAGGAUCAGAUCCAAGGAAUCACGGCAGGCCUAGGAAAGCUCAUCGAGGCCCACGGAACGUUGAAAUACCAGACGGAGCUCCCUCUCAUCUGGCCAUCGGUCAAAGAACACAUAAAGCCGCAAGCCGACGAGACGGACAACAUCGAGGAGAUCGAGUUCAACUUGAGGGUUGCGCGUCGCGAGGAGAUCGCUAAGGACCAACAUAAAGAGAUCUUUGACGCUCUAGAGGGAGGUAAGUCUGCUUGGGACAAGAACAAGCCAGAGACGCGGCAUGUCUACGGAUGGACAGAUUAUGAGGUGUGGCCCGGCUACGACAACGUAAACACCUCGCAGGCUCAGAUGCCCGAGAUGCCAGAGAAGCUUGAGGACACCUUCCCUCCUCCGGUGGGCUACGCGAAGCGCAAGAUGGAGAUAGACAAGAGGAUGGAAAUCAUCAGGGGAACAAUGUCGGCAGCCUCAUCGUCGGGAGAGCCGCAAUAA